AUGGAGCGGGGGUAGGGCGGUCUAGAAAACUGGCCGACCCACUGUUUCGGAAACGAUGGACCGUGUAAGCCGUGGUGUGAGCCGAAGUCUGAAUGCCUUUCUUGAUACGCUCACUUCCGCGAGGGCGUCGGGCCACCAAGUCGUGUGCAUUCAAUGUCAUGGACGCGUAUCGUCGGAAAGCUACCUCACUACUCAUGCUAAGGGAUUCAAACUUGACUUCUGUUCUCGUAAAUGCGGCCACUCAUACUGGUACGAAUACGGCCAACACCAGAAAACGCCACCAGCCGUCCCUCAAGGUCCUCGUACGUGCAGACUUCCCGGAUGCAACAAGCCUUGUUUUGUAGAGGGGACUAGAGUUCACGACUACUGUGGGCGUUCCCAUGCCCAGCAGGCGAAUGCAGUUGCAGCAGGGGCCGUUGCAGGACCACAAACCUACGGUUCACACUCCUGCCACUCAGUUUAUGGCCCGAUCUAUUUCUACAAUCGCGGAGAGCCGUACUAUGAAUUUACCAACUUCUAUGAAAUUAUGGUCUGAAUCGAGGGCAGGAUGGCUCACAACGGAGCACUACUUCCAGGCCCAAAAGUUGUCGGGACUCCGCUGGUUCGCACCAUUCGCUCAUGGAGCGAACCUCGCGAUGACGUGACAAGUCCCGCGACCCUCGCUACACCCCACUGGCGUCGCAGUGACGGGGAGGAAUGAAGGAAGACAUCAUGUUCAAGGCUCUGCAGGCAAAGUUCAAUAACACGAGAAACUCAAGCGGAGCGGUGGGCACUAAGACAGGCAGUGGGGAGCGCUCUCCCACGACAGCUAUGGGGAGAUGGUGGGGAUGGUUCGGGGAAGAGAACGACUCGGAGCAUGUCAUGAGACUACGAGACGAUCUGACUCCAAAACCAGAAACCUCUCACCAAUCCAAUAACCAUAACCGGCAUCACUCUCCCACUGGGCAGUGCAUUCUCACAGAACCACUUACCUUCACUCAGCAUCAACCACUGCAGAAGUUGAUCGGUCCACAAAGCCGCAAGCUCACAGUCCUUCCCAGACCAAGAUAUGGGAAACAGCACAAGAUCGAGAAGUGAGCUACAAAGUCAGUCCGCCUUCCAACAGAAUCCUGCCCAUUACAAGGCCCAAACAAGAGAAUAUCACACAUCCAAGUAUCAGCAGCAUUGAGAGUGAACGAUUUCUCUGGCAUCCAAACUACCCCCACUUCUGAGCUAGUAGUACCAGGAGCCGUUGUUAUCCACAUCCACAAACAACUGCAAUACUCCCAGAUUCUGUUGCAUCCAAAAUACCGCCAGGUUUCCAUAAACAACCACCCAAACCAGACGUGGCAUCAAUCCCAACAGGAAACCCCAUCGAUUUGUAACUGCCAUGACAUGAAGUACGUAUCAGCCAACAUUUAUAAUGUCUGAAAUUUUGAUGCGGAUGCAUCAGCG